CCAGAAGCUGCAGGGAAACCCCCUCCUGCUUGCCCAGGGUAUAUAAAAGAAAGGCGGUGUAACAAACACCAAAGUUCGGGGUUUGGACCGGCAGUGCAACUUGAAUCCACAUCCACUGUACUCCCGUCCGAACGGCGAUUGUGUCUUCGAUUUCGGACAUCCCAGACAUGCGUCUUCUGCUCUUUGCCGUGUGUGUUGUGCUAGUCUGCGCUAGCGCCGACGCCUGGUUCGGCCGUCGCCAAGGCGGAGGCCGAGGCGGAGGCCGAGGCGGAGGCAAUGGCAGGGUGAGGACGGCUGUGGACAGGACAAGAGGGGCCGUGAGGACGGCUGUAGACAGGACAAGAGGGGCCGUGAGGACGGCUGUAGACAGGACUAGAGAGGCUGUGCAGGGCGCUGGCGACAUGUACCGAGCUUACAGCGAUAUGCGCGAGGCGAACUGGAAGAACUCGGACAAGUACUUCCACGCCCGGGGGAACUACGACGCCGCUCAGCGGGGGCCGGGUGGCAAGUGGGCCGCCAAGGUUAUCAGUGACGCCCGGGAGGGGAUCCAGAGCGCUUUUAGAGGUCAGAGCGAGGCGGACAGACGUGCCGACCAGGAGGCGAACCUGUGGGGCCGCAACGGAGGAGACCCUAAUCGCUACCGUCCGGAAGGACUCCCCGACCGCUACUGAUUCUACCGCCCAGACCUGCUAGCCUGGUAUCCUUCUGUCGUGGUUGUGGCAGCCUGUCUUCGGGGCUCUAAUAGUUUCCCCCCGUCCAGCUUAACAGACCGCCCGGUAGGUGUUACGCCUGUAGGAGUUUAGCACGCCAAGAGUUGAUUAGCCCCACUACAAGUCGUGGUGGGGCUAAUCAAUCUCCCAUCGUGAAAAACCUACCGGGAAACCUAGCUGAGGCCGGCGGGGAAAAGCUCCAGCAGCCCCAAAGAAAAUCCGCCCCAACCGCGAUAGACUGGAUACCAGGUUAAUAGGUCCUAUCGGACAGCUCUGGACAACUGAACACUUAAGAGGCUUAAGAUGGCAUUUCGACUUCACAAAGACCAAUACUUUUGUAGUUGGUUUUAAUUCAAGUCAAUUCACAUAUAUUAAAGAUCUUUGUUUAACCAUCUUUGACAUUUGGAACUGAGAAAUGUCUCAUUCACUAUGAUACCAGCUACACUGUAGGUGUAGAGGCAUGAGCAUCUUAACUUGCUUUUUUCUUUUCUGUACUGUAAGGAAUGUAUAAUGAACAACACUAACUUGUACCAGUUUUACAGUUCUUCAAGUUCCAAAAUAAACAUUAUCAGCAUA